AUGCUCCUUUGGGCGACCCCCCGGCCCCCUUAUCCGCCAGAGAAACACGUGCCCCUCUCGGCCCUUUUCGACCGGGGCCCCAUGGCUCGCUCGCCGAUGAAACCCAUCCCCAUCCUCCACCCAAACAUCUGCGCUGACUCCGGACCUCACAAACAGGACAACAUUAUCUUCACCGACUGGAAGAGAGAUAACUAUUUCCGAGCGAUAGUGGAGGAACUCGGAGGCAUCAAGGGCUCCAUAGGCAUCGAGUUCGACCACAUGACCCUCGAACGAAGUCAAAAGUUGCAGAAUAACUUGCCUCAUAACAACACCCUCGUGGACGUCAGUGCGGCGACCAUGAGGAUGCGGAUGAAAAAGACUCUGGAGGAGAUAGCGGUUAUCAAGAACAGCACAGCCACAGCGGACAUUGGUGGGUGGGCGUGUGUGGAGGCAUUGGGAGAAGGAGUGCCAGAGUACGAGGUGGCACUGGCCGGCACCCGCGCCAUGGUCAGAAACAUUGCUAAGCUCUAUCCAGAGAGCGAACUCAUGGAUACGUGGGUUUGGUUUCAGUCUGGCAUAAACACAGACGGCGCCCACAACCCGGUUACGACACGCAAGAUACAGAAGGGCGACAUCCUCUCCCUCAACUGCUUCCCCAUGCCCCAGGGGCACUACACCGCCCUGGAGCGCACGAUGUUCCUGGACCACUGCAGCGACGCCCACCUCAAGAUCUGGGAGGCGAACGUAGCAGUGCACAAGAGAGGGAUCGAACUCAUCCGCCCGGGAGCCAAGUGCUCUGAGAUCGCACACGAACUCAACCACAUGUUCGCUGAGUUCGGGCUUCUGAAGUACAGGACGUUCGGCUAUGGGCAUUCCUUCGGUGUCUUGUGUCAUUAUUACGGACGUGAAGCUGGCCUAGAGCUGCGAGAGGACAUCGACACCGUGCUGGAGCCGGGCAUGGUGGUGUCCAUGGAGCCUAUGGUUACCAUCCCCGAGGGUCAACCAGGCGCAGGGGGUUACAGAGAACACGACGUUAUGGUCAUCAACCAAGAUGGCUCGGUUGAUAACAUCACCGGCUUCCCCUUCGGUCCGGAGCACAAUAUCUUCAAGAAAUAGGGUGAAGAAAAGGAAAACAAACCAGGAAAAACAUCACUGGCUUCCCCUUCGGCACAACAUCUUCAAGAAAUUGGCUGAAGAGAAGGAAAAUAAACAAGGAAAAAAAACUGAAAACUUCUGUGGGAAAUGGGAAGAAAUGCAAAGGAAUAAAUAUUUUGAAAUACAUCUUCAAGAAGUGGGAAAAUAAACAAACAAGUGGACACAUCUUUUGAAAUACAUUUUCAAGGAAGAAGAAGAAAUGUAAAAUAAGAUAGAUCGAUAAGUUUUCUAUGUCUUGACAUUUCUGAAGAAUAAGAACAUGUUAUAAAUCUUGUAGGUAAAUCCAACAUCAAAAGUUAAGAUGUUGACAGUGCUUAUAACAACAUUUAAACUUGCAUUCAUAUCUAUGUGUGGCAUUUAUUGGCAAUGUGAAAGCAUAGCCUUUAUUAGAAAUAACGCUAAGGUAAAGAUAUUAACAAAUUCUUUUAUUCAAGCUUUGGGCAAUAUCUAGCUGCAAGACUCAUGAUAUGAUAAAUCCUUAUACUCUCGAG